CUUUCUCUUUCUUUCUCUUUUCCUUCUUCUUUUCUUUUACCCUAGGUACCUUUGCUCUUUUGUUCUUUUUUUCUCUCUCUUUAUUUAUUUCUUUCUUUAUUUCUUUCUUUUUGCUUUGACACAAACCAAUCCUCAUUCGACAUUCCAAACUCGACCAUUCCGACAACAUAGAGCACAGACAUAUAUUGAUAAAUACAGACAUAGCCACAGACACAGAAUCAGACACAAACGCACAAACGCACAAACGCACAGAAACACAAAAACACAAAAGCACAAAUAUAUAUAUAUAUAUAUAUAUAUACAUAUGUAUCUAUAGAUAUAUAUAGAUAUAUACAAUACAACUCUAUUUACAGCUCUUUGUCUCGAACCUUACCUUUCACAACAUCCGCCUAAAUUAUAAUUAAUCCCAUAAUUCGAAAAGACGAUGGGAAUCAUAUCACAAGUCUUUGGAAAAUCACGAUGGACGCGUGCGAUUUUUCUAUGCAUAAUUGUACAAGCACUACUAGCGAUCAUCUUUGAGUCUGUGAUCUUUUCUUAUGUUGCCAAUGAGAUCAGUAUAAUUGAACAAGAAAGAUUGAAUCAAAAGGGAUUUGGAGAAAGUCUAGCUACAGCAUAUGCAAACGCACGGUCUCUGUUGGUUUAUUUUGUGCUGUUUAUCAUUGCCCAGGUCUUCACGGUUAUUCUUGUCGUAGAUGCUAUAUACCAAAAGAAUACAAUUCAACUGAUUGCGCUGGUCGCAUUUGAACUUGGGAUGAGCGCCUACUCGAUCAUCCAGUACCACCAAUCUCUGACCUUAUUUGACAAUACCGAAGAUGCAAGUGUCAAGUUGGCUCUGGCGUUUCUAGGCUCAGCUUACCAUGCCUCAAGCUGGGCAGAAAUUACCCAAAUAUGUGUCAUGAUAUUGAGCACAAUUGUUUUUAUUUUCUUGGCGUACAAACUUUAUCUUGAGUUUGGUUGGCAUAUCUACAAUAAGAUCGGUGCUGAUUUGGCUAUGAGAGACCGCUACAAGAUGUAUCAGAUCUUCAUGAUGCUCCUGAAGUUUGAUUUCUUUUUUUUUCUCGGAUUUUCGAUUCAAUACCUCGCUUUGCUAAUCGUAGCCUGGUGGGCAGAAGCAAAAACAGAAGAGGCAAAGAAGAGCAUCGUCAACGAGCUUAUCGAGCACAUCGUCCUCAGCUGUCUUGUUUCUGUUGCGAUGCUUAUACUAGCCUAUUGGGGUUUACGAAAGGAACGUAAGCCGCACAUGUACAGCUUCAUUGUUCUCUCCUGUGCCAGUAUGGCUUACUUUAUAUACAUGCUCGUCCAGAUAGGCCAACAUCCAGAACGUUUUGUUGGAUCAAGAGCGUUUUUAACUUUUUUCUUGUGUGUUGAUAUGGUCCUUAUUUUGGCUUCAGUCCCAGUUGCUGUAGUUUGUCUCCGAAAUUUUGGUUUCCUAAAGACUCAGAUGCCCAAUGGUAAUCCUGCCUCGCCUUCUCACUCUAUGACACCUAUUGGUAAAGAGAAGCCACCUACGGAACGAUGGUCUAUUGAGUAGCAACGAUCAUUAUCAAAAAAAAGGAAUCUUUAUCUAUUAGUUUUGCAUUACUAAAUAAUCAAUAAGCACACCAAUUUAUUCAAUACUGCAAGAGAAGAGGAGAAAGAAAGAAUCAGGAGCCAGGCAACUUUACAUACAACACACAACAUCUUUACCUUUUACCUUUUACCCUUUACCCUUUAAAGCAUAUCCAUAUCCAUAUCCAUAUUUACAUCUA